UCAAGUCAGCUCAACACUUAUCAUCUAUUCAAGUAUAACCAAAAUCAUCCUUGUUCUCUGCGCUACUUGAUCGCCUGUCCAGAAACGCUCCUAUCCCUUCAAUCAUACCCAACUUUUCGCAUAAUCUGACGGGACUUCUUUUUUCCCCCUCCCCGUGGUUUCCCCGGCACUUCCUUACUCAUUCCUACCCGGUAACUUAGCGGAGACCUUCAGACACAUCCCUUGAGCGGUCUCGACCACUGUUCGGUCUCUUAUCGGCUUCCCCCCAAAGCCUUAAAGCCUUCCACUCGCGCCAAGCUUUCUUCUUCAGAAUACAUAGCCCUCGGCCUUGACUGGAGGGCGCGUCGGGGUGGUCGCAACGGACACGGGAACACUGGAGGAUGAGAGGGCACCGCAACCGAUGGGUGUAAUACGGAAGAAGACCGCCUCGCGCGGCACCGAAGCAGGCACCAAAUACCACUGCGAUAUCUGCUCGGUUGAUGUGACUUCGACGGUUCGCGUAUCCUGUGCCCAUCCCUCCUGCCACGAAUACGAUCUUUGCGUCCCUUGUUUUGCGGCCGGAGAAAAGUCUAAGAACCAUGAUCCGUCUACACAUCCCUUCCAGGUUAUCGAGCAGAACUCCGUGCCUAUUUUCCAAGAAGACUGGGGUGCUGAUGAGGAGCUCUUGUUACUGGAAGGCGCGGACAUCUACGGGCUGGGGUCGUGGGCCGACAUCGCAGAUCAUAUUGGCGGAUAUCGUACCAAGGAGGAGGUACGGGAUCACUACAUCAGCACAUACAUUGACAGCCCCAACUUCCCUCUCCCGGAACGCGCCGAUCCAGAAGACACGCGCCUGUCAGAUUCCAUCUCCAAAGAAGAGUUUCAAUCGCGAAAGAAGCGCCGCAUUGAGGAGCGCAAAGAGGCCGCCAAGGCGGCCCCUCCCACCACCCCCAAGCAGAAGCCUACGGCUAGUGUUCCGGCGUGUCACGAAGUACAGGGUUACAUGCCGGGUCGGCUGGAGUUUGAGACCGAGUUCAUGAACGAUGCAGAAGAGGCCGUGCAGCAUAUGACCUUCGAGCCCGGUGCGGGCGAGAUUGCGAAUGGCGAGAUGGAUGCGGAGAUGGAGCUGAAGAUGACGGUGGUGGACAUUUACAACUCGCGCUUGACGGCGCGCACGGAGCGCAAGAAGGUGCUUUUUGAGCAUAACCUGCUCGAAUACCGAAAGAACACGGCGCUGGAAAAGAAGCGCACGAAAGAAGAACGGGAUCUGCUGAAUAAGGCCAAACCGUUCGCCCGCAUGAUGAACCACGACGAUUUCGAAGAAUUCAACAAGGGACUGGAGUACGAGCACAACCUGCGCCUGGCUAUCGCACAGCUGCAGGAAUGGCGGCAGAUGGGCAUUGGCGACUUGAAGGGCGGCGAGAAGUAUGAGCAAGAAAAGCAGCAGCGCGCUCAGCGAAUGAUGCCGCAGGGCUCAUUUGACCGGUUCGCGAGCACACGGCCGAAGCAGCAACAGCAGCCCGAACAGCCGUCGGCGGCUAGUCAGUUGACCACGCCGGAGCUCCCGCUCCGACUUCAGAAGACGCCGGGGGCUUCCAAGGCCCCCGAGCCUCCUAGCCAGCCUCCAAUGAACGACUUUGACCGAAUGUUUGCCACCAACGGGGACGGGGUCAGCACGCCCACGCCGCUGGCGAAGACCAAGUUUAUUGUGCAGCCGCUGAAUGGAGUGAUACCAUGGAAGCUGGAGAACGAAGCGGCUCCAGAUUUGCAUCUCCUGACGAAGGAGGAGGUCGAGGUGUGCAAUGUGCUUCAUAUUCAGCCCAAGCCGUACCUAGUGAUAAAGGAAACGCUGCUGAAGGAGUCGAUGAAGCAGGGGGGAAGUCUGAAGAAGAAGGAUGCGCGAACGAUCUGCAAGAUUGACAGCGCCAAGACCAGUCGGAUCUAUGACUUUAUGGUGCACAGUGGCUGGAUUAACAAGGGGUGACUGCCUGUAUGAAAUACCCCGGGUAUGUUUUAUUGGAGUUGCGAGGCGUUGGGCGGGGUGGACUGUGUAGUUCUGAUGCUGUGCCUCCAAUUUAUUGACGACACGAAUGAUGCAUAGCUUGAUCCGAUAGUAAUGUAGAGAUGUGGUGAUUAAACAAGUCUAUUGGCUGCUGGGCGACGGACUCGAGUUUUACAAGAGAGCCUACUGAGUAGCUUACUACAAAAGUGAGGUAGAGAGAGGAGCGAACCUCGGCACCGAGCAC